AUGGCGGCCGAGACUGAAGGCAAGGCCAUAGGCAUCGACCUUGGCACAACCUAUAGCUGCGUUAGUGUGUGGCAAAACGACCGCGUUGAGAUCAUCGCCAACGACCAGGGCAACCUCACCACUCCCUCCUACGUGGCCUUCACAGACACCGAGCGGCUCAUCGGCGAUGCAGCGAAAACCCAAGUGGCCAUGAAUCCACAGAACAUCAUCUUCGAAGCCAAACAUCUCAUUGGAUGGCGAUUCUCCGACCCAUCAGUCCAAAGCGACAUGAAGCUCUGGCCUUUCAAGGUCAUCCCUGGUCCCGGCGACAAACCCAUGAUCAUCGUCAGGUACAAAGGCGAAGAAAAGACCUUUUCUGCGGAGGAGAUAUCUUCCAUGGUGCUGACGAAGAUGAGGGAGAUAGCUGAGGCUUAUUUGGGUCAGACCAUAAAGAACGCUGUGGUGACUGUCCCUGCUUAUUUCAACGACUCCCAGAGACAGGCUACCAAGGACGCCAGCGCUAUUUAUGGGCUCAACGUCAUGCGAAUUAUCAUCGAGCUCACCGCGGCCGCUAUAGCCUAUGGGCUGGACAAGAAGGCCUCGAGAAAAGAUUUUGAUAAUAGAAUGGUGAAUCACUUUGUGGCCAAGUUCAAGAGGAAGCAUAAGAAGGAUAUCAGUGGAAAUGCCAGAGCUUUGAGGAGGUUGAGGACGGCGUGUGAGAGGGCUAAGAGGACCCUGUCUUCGACCUCUCAGACCACAAUUGAGAUUGAUUCUUUGUACGAAGGGAUUGAUUUCUAUGCGACGAUUACAAGGGCCAGUCAGGUUCACGAUGUGGUUCUGGUUGGUGGGUCGACUAGAAUUCCCGAGGUUCAGCAACUUUUGCAGGAUUUUUUCAAUCGGAAAGAGCUGUGCAAGAGCAUAAACCCAGACGAAGCGGUUGCCUAUGGUGCUGCGGUUCAAGUUGCGAUCUUGAGCGGCGAAGGAGAUGAGAAAGUGCAGGACCUGUUAUUGCUCGAUGUCACGCCCCUCAGUCUUGGGCUUGAGACUGCUGGACAAGACUGCUGGAGUGAAGAACAAGAUCACCAUCACAACGAUAAGGGAAGGCUGAGCAAGGAAGAAAUAGAGAAGAUGGUGCAAGAUGCAGAGAAGUACAAGGCAGAGGACGAGGAGGUGAAGAAGAAAGUGGACGCCAAGAAUGCGUUGGAAAACUACGCAUAUAACAUGAGGAACACGGUGAAGGACGACAAGUUUGCAGGGAAAUUGGACCCUGCGGACAAGGAGAAGAUCGAGAAGGCAGUGGAGGAUGCCAUUAAUUGGCUGGAGAGGAACCAGUUGGCUAAGGUUGAUGAGUUGGAGGAUAAGUUGAAGGAGUUGGAGGGGUUAUGCAAUCCAAUAAUUGCUAAGAUGUACCAGGGUGGUGGUGGUGCUGGAGGCAUGCCACCUAUGGGGGAUGAUGCCAUGUCUGGUGGUGCUUCUACUAGCUCUGCGACUGGACCUGGCCCUAAGAUUGAAGAAUUUGAUUAA